AUGGAUGGCGACAAACCCAAUGCCAGCGACUACAAUUGCAUCGAAGAUACAUACGAUACAAGCAAGUCCAUGACAAGCAAAGCACUUUGCAGCACUCAUGAGAUGUAUGGUGACGGCGAGAUGGAUCCCCAUCUCUACACUGACGUCGCCACCAUGGACAAGCCCUGCGAGCCCUGUCUCCAAGCGACCAUCGGAGGAGCCAUCAAGACCUUUGUCGAUGCCAAGGACAUGGACACCUACGCUCGUCGUGAGCGUCUCGGCAUCACCACUGCCAUCACUCCCUUCAACCUCUCCGCUGCUCGGCGCUCUUCCCUCAUUGCCACUUCCCCCACCACUGGCGUCCCUGGCUAUCAGAUCCACGAUACCCUUAACGCCUCCAAAGCUGCAGCACAUUUCGCGGCCCCCACAAAGGAUCUCGAGAUCUCUGCUCAGGAUGACAUGCACUACUGUCUCGCACACCUUGCCACCAACCUCAAGGCACUUGUAAUUCAGGACCCCAAGACAGACAUGUCCAGGGUUACCAUGGACAUCCAUGUCGGCCAUCUCAGCGACCUUGAGGAGCUUCAAGGCAUUGCUCAAUUCUAUAUCUCGCCAGACCACCUCAAGAGUGCAUUGGACCGAUUCACCCAAUCCUUCCUAGAACAUCUCUUCAAGUCAUCAUGCUCGGAGCAAGAGACCAAGGCUGUCGACAGAGACCACAAGUUCACCCCCUUUGACUCCGUUUCCAAGCGCAUUACCACCGAGGUCGAGAAGAACGGCAAACAGUACAUCGCCACCAAGAGUGCCACCAACACUAUUCUCAAGCCCUGCACCCCUGAUGCCAAGACUGCCACCCAGUACCAAAAGGUCACUGACAGCUUUACUUUGCGAGGUUUUGGUUUGCUCAGCAUUUCUAUGAACACUGAUGGUCAGUGGAAGCUCCUUGAUCUUGUUCCUGUGUUUGACCCUCCCUGCUCUGACAUUGCAACAAUCAUCACCAAGGCUCAGCUGCUCAAUACCUCAGUUCAGAUGAUCACUGGUGAUGCCAUCACUAUUGACAAGGAGACCUGCAAGAUGCUCCAGCACCGUGUUCACUUGGCCGUGAUUACUGGGGACAAUGUCAAUGAUGCUCCCCCACUCAAGAAGGAUGGGAAGCAGUAUAUCGCUGCCAAGGAUGCCUCCAAUGCUAUUCUCAAGCAGCUCAUUGGAGCAAUCUGCAAAUCGGCUGGCGUAGAAGGCAAGAUUGCCAAUGAUGAGGCCAAAGGGUUCAUCAAGCAUGCAGAAUGCCUCAAGCUGAUUCACGGGCAGAACCUCACCAUCAUUACUGUCAGCUGA